GGAUAGCAGAUCAUGAGGGCGGACUGCAUAGCAGAUCAUGAGUUCAAGUCCGCCCGUAAACUCUGGCCACGUUCCUUGACAUCUUGCACGGCACAAGGUAGGGGGCUCAUUCGGUGUAUUUCUGGUUAGUUCUGUUCUGUUACUCUCCUUUUUUCUCUGUUCUUCUCAGUUCAUUCCAGCUGAACUCAGAGGAAGUUGGAUGGGCAGUCUAGGUAUGGGACGCCGGACCUGGUCCCUGGCACACUUUUGCACCUCUGUUGUUGAAAGGACACUGGUUCUCAGUCCUGGCUCUGCUSCAGGACUGGRCUGGACUGCAGAUGUGGUUUGGUUAAGUAGACCAGAGGAUCGAACGGGAGGUGGCAGCUACCCAUCGCGCGCGGAGUAUGUGAACCCCCGGGGGAUCAUCGACUUCCUUUUCUUUCAGCCUCGAACGGCGGAGGAAGAGACAGCAGUGGCGGAGGAAGCGGAGGUGGAGGACGAAAGCGAAGAAGAAACCUCGGAGGAAGAAGGAAGGUACAGCGAGUACACCGAGGAAGAAUCAGGGGCGGAGAAUGAAGAAGAAGAAGAAGAAGAAGAAGAAGAAGAAGAAGAUCAGUUGGAGGAAGAGGAAGGAUCUAAGUGGGAGACUCGAGGUGAGGAGGCGGAGCACGCUGAAGCUCAGGAGGAGGAUCCUGAGGCGGCAGCACGACGGAGAGAGGAGAUCGCGGCCGGGAAGCAGCCGCUGGAGUACGUGAGUGGUGCGGAUCUGCCGAUCCCAAACGACCCGACCAAGGAUCCAGAGCCGCCCAAGAACGACGAUGGGGACCCUACUGCCGAGACUUCGAGCACACCGGCGUGGAGACGACGGAGCCAAUCUCGAUCUCUAUCCACCCGCCCCCCAGUUCGAGCACGUGUCGAUGCGGGGCAUCGGGCUUCGUCCUCGGUCGAGAAAGCGCUGCGAGGAUUGAAGGAGCAGUUGCGCGCGCGUAGACGGAGGACGUUGAUGCAAGCUCCAGACAAUGGCCCCGACUACGUGGCGACGUCGGAAGCUGUUGUUCAGUUGUGCUACGCGUUGGGUUGCAGAGGCUGUUCACACAUGGAAGAAGACAACGAUGAGAAGCAGCUCGACGACGAGGAGCAGCAGAGGCAGCCUGUGCAGCAGGUCGGCCAUGGAAUAAAGAACGAGCAACAGGCGUGGAGAAGAAGGUUCCGGAAGACUGGAACUAUGGAGGUGACACUCGCGACAGCUGCCUUGGUUACAGGGGCAGGAGGGGGAAUUGGUCGAGCAAUCACGCUGCGCUUGGCCGAGCUGGGAGCAAAUGUGACUGUGGUAGACAUCUCAGAGGCUGGGGGAGCAGAAACCGUUCGGCUUAUCGAGGACAUGAGGAAGGAAGAGGCUGCGGCACGAACAGGAGGCGGAAGGGCUAUUUUUGUGAAGUGUGAUGUUGCAUUCCCUCAACAGCUUGCUCAGGCCUUCGCUGUGCACAUGGACACUUUUAACCGCCUAGACAUCUGCAUCAACAACGCAGGAAUCGUAGGCGAUCUUGGGUUUGUGCCGAAGCCUGACGCACCCAAGCAAUCGAAAGCGGGCCCCUUGCUGAUGCCAUCUGAGGGCCUCCGAUGGACCCGAAUGAUUGACAUUAACCUGAAGGCUGUGGUUGAUGGUGUGCGGUUGGCGAUUGAAUGCAUGGAAGCAAGCAAGGUUGCCAGCAGUGAACAAGGGAAGAGCAAGAGCCCCAGGGCCAUAGUAAACCUAGCGUCUGCUGCCGGGAUCGUUCCGUUGCCUGCGGUACCUGUGUACUCAGCAACCAAAGCAGGUGUGGUUAUGCUGACACGAAGUCUUGCACACCUGCAGAAAGACAGAGGUAUCAGGGUCUGUGCAUUUUGUCCAUGCGUCGUAGACACUGGUUUGACCCGCUCAGCCCUGGCAGAAGAUCCGACGACCGAGACGAUGUUGAUCGAACACGGAGGCUUCAUUGCAAUGGACACAAUUGUGGAGGGCAUAAUGAAGCUCAUCACGGAUGACGGGAACGGGGGCUCUGCGAUAGGAGUAACACCACGUGAUGGCUACUUCUACGUAAAGUUUAAGGACCACAUGGGUCCAGACAUUGAGGACCCCCACUCUGGAAUUGCGGCCCCCAAACCAGGGAACAACAUGGCUUCUGCAGGGGGGGGUAGCUCAUAGCAUGUCAUGAUCAUGCCGACUCUUCCUGCGCAAUUCAUAAACUUUAAGGUUGUGGUCACACAGUUGUCAUCAGACUUUCUGGAGACUAUCUUGAUAUUGUUGAUGGAGCAGUGUACCACGCAUUGCAGUACACAGCAGGGGCAUGUCCCACGAUCGACUUGAUACACAAUCCAAGUAAAUAGUCUUCACAACG